AAGACUCGGAAAACUAAUGAAGUCUGCUGGUACAUUUGGAAAGACACCAGACUACAUAGAGAAAGUGUGUCAUUUUAGCAAGAUGUUAAUAUAACUUUGGAUUUCAUUUUUCUCCAUUCACUUUUUUGGCCAGAUAUUUUUGCUUUCUGGUUUUCAUCCAUUUCUCUUUUUUAGUGUUUCCCCUAUGUUCAGAGAAUGCGUGAGUGUGUGUUUUAAUGUGUGUGUGUGAUAUCAAAAAGUAAGUUAUGGAAGUGGAGCGUUUGAGUGGUGGGGGGGUUAAACCCGAGAGGGGCAACAGUCGUCUCUACAGGAUAGCCCUGGCCAUGUGUGUGUGUCUUUGUGCUGCUCUGCUGCUUGCACUCAUACUGGUUUCUCAAAAAUCUAGUCAAAAGGAAGAGUUCUGUCUGACCCCAGAAUGCAUCGAAGCAGCGGGGUCUGUACUCAGUAAAAUAGAUCGGUCUGUUAACCCCUGCGAGGAUUUCUAUAGUUUCUCGUGUGGCGGUUGGUUAAAGGAGAACUCGAUCCCUGAAGACUUGUCCUCGUAUGGUAUCUAUCCCUGGCUACGGCAGAAUGUAGACGUAAAAGUCAAAGAGUUACUAGAAGCUCCUUCACCCCCUGAUGAACUGGAAGCAGUGACUAAGGCUAAGAUCCUCUACCGCUCCUGUAUGAAUGAGACUAUACUGGAGCAGGUGGACAGCAAACCGCUGCUGAACAUUUUCCGACAGCCUGAGUUUCGGUGGCCUGUGGUGGGGGAGGGGCUCGGAGGAGAGUACCAGUGGUCCGAGGGGGAGUGGAGCCUCCUGAAGACCCUCACUGAGAUAAGGAAACAGUUUGGCAGGAAUGUCCUGAUUCGAAUGUACGUCUCCCCCGAUGACAAAAACUCCUCAAACUACAUCCUCAAGCUUGAUCAGGAGUACUUGUCUCUGCCCUCCAGGGAAGACUACAUCACCAACACUUCCUCCGCCCGGGCGUAUCGUGCAGCCUUGUUGAGUUUCAUGGUGGAUACAGCAGUUAUGCUGGGCGCUCAGGAGAAAGCAGCACUGACCCAGAUGGAAGAGGCUCUUGCCUUCGAGACCAAACUGGCUUAUAUCCUGAUUCCAUAUGAUAACCGCAACAGUGACAACAUGUACAACAAAAUGUCGCUCUCUCGCCUGCAGCGCACCAUACCACAGUUUGAUUGGCUGGGUUUUGUAAAAGCUGUGGUGGACUCUAAAGUUGAACCGGUUCGGUCCAUCUCCACCUCUGAGCCUGUCAUCGUCCGAGCACCGCAGUACUUUAAGGACCUUGUUAUGCUCAUUAACAGUACAGAUCCUAGGAUUGUAGCUAACUACGUACAAUGGAGGACAGUUUUUUCCAGCAUCUCUUCCCUUAGCCGUCGUUUCCUUUACAGAUACCAGGACUAUGCACGGGUUACCAAGGGAACCACCUCUCUGACCCCGCGCUGGGAUAAGUGUGUUAACUUUGUCGAUAAAACGCUUGGUUAUGCUACUGGACGCCUCUUUGUCAACAGACAUUUCCAGGAAGACAAGAAACACAUGAUGGAAGAGUUGAUCGAGGGCAUUCGCUGGGCGUUCAUUGACAUGCUGGAAAAGGAGAAUGACUGGAUGGAUAAACCAACCAAGAUGAAAGCAAUAGAAAAGGCACAUGCAGUCCUGGCUAAAGUUGGCUACCCCGAGUUUAUUCUGAACGACACCUACCUCAAUGAAGACCUAAAGCAGCUGAAAUACAGUGAGAAAGACUUCUAUGGGAAUGUGAUGCAGACGUUGAAGUACUUUGUCCAAUCUGAUCUGGCCUUGCUCCGAAAGGCCGUCCCACGAAAAGAGUGGUUUACAAACCCAACAACUGUGAACGCCUUCUACAGUUCCUCCACGAAUCAAAUCAGAUUUCCUGCUGGAGAGCUUCAAAAACCCUUCUUUUGGGGUAGAGAGUAUCCAAGAUCUUUAAGCUAUGGUGCCAUCGGGGUGAUAGUAGGACAUGAGUUAACACACGGCUUUGACAAUAACGGUCGCAAGUAUGACAACAAUGGCAACCUUCACCAGUGGUGGAGCAACUCGUCUAUAGAUGCCUUCAAUGAGCAGAGCCAGUGUAUGAUUGAACAGUAUAAUGCCUACCAUUGGAAGGAGGCAGGACUUGAUGUGCGGGGCAAGAGGACUCUGGCAGAAAACAUAGCAGACAAUGGAGGAAUGAGGGAGUCUUUUAGGGCGUACAGGCGCUGGGUGGAUGAGAACAGAGGGGGUGAAGAGGAGCCUCUGCUGCCUGGAGUCGGACUGAACAACAACCAACUGUUUUUCCUGAGCUACGCACAUGUGAGAUGUAACUCAUACAGACCAGAAACAGCCAGGGACCAGAUUCAGACUGGUUCUCACAGUCCACCAAAAUACAGGGUAAUCGGAGCAAUGAGUAACUUUGAGGAGUUUCGGAAAGCGUUCAAAUGCCCCGAGCCAUCAGUAAUGAACAGAGGUGCAAAGUCUUGCAGAGUAUGGUGACCUUUGACCUCAGCUUGACCCUGAACCAGGCCCAAGCUUUCAGCUGGACAUCUGACAAAGAGCUUGAUGAUGCUGGACUUAGCCAACACAGUUUACAUGAUGUUGUGACUAUGUGAAAAUAAAGAGUUAACAGAAAAGGUACUCUUACGUUUAGCGUUAAAGUGGAAAAUGCUAUGGACGGAGGCCUAUUUUAAUGGUCUACUUUGUGUUGUUACUGCAACAAAUAUGUAACCUUUUACACAGGUACGUUUGAUGCAUAUGUUGCAGCUACUGAAUGAAUUAUGACUGACAUUUGACUUGAUAAAACAAGAACCUUUCUAAAGGAAAUAAAGAUGUACAUAUUAAAGAAAAGGCACAAUAACUAGAUUUGUUUUGCAUUAACUUGUAUGCCAAAUGUUAUGGUAACUGUGUAUAACUUAAAUAUAUGAUAACUGUAUAUAUUCAUUUCUUAGGAUAAAUUCAUGUUUGAACAUAGAACAUAACAAAUUCAAUAUAUAAUUUUAAAACUAUUUUAAAAUUGUGUGUGCAUUAAUCAGUG